UAGAGAGUGUCAGAGGUUAGGGGCUAGAGAACGUGCAGUAUUUGAAGCAAGCACACAGAUCUGGAUCCCACUCAAUACACCAGACUCGGACACCCCCAACACUCUAUCUCUCUCUCUCUCUCUCUCUCUCUCUCUCUCAUCAGUCGGUUUUUGUCCCCUGUAAACUUCAAGGGCCAGAGAAACGCAACGGAGAAAUAAAGAGAUACAAGGAGGGAGAAGAAAAUCCAAGCCGAACCAAAGCUAGAGAGAGAAAGUGAGCUCAGAACCCAAAAACUCAGUAGUGCAGCAGCAGCAGAAACAGUGGCAGCAGCGAAGGGAUUGAUGGUUCUUCUGCUGCAGCAAAAGAGGGGCUAGAAACUAGCAAGAAAAGGCGGUGGUUUGGCUUUUGUAGUAAAAAUUUGACUGGGAUUUCCAUAGCUAUAAGCUUUGGGAUUUUAUACAAUUUAUAGCAAAUAAUAUGUUUCAAGUAGUUGAGCUGCAGGAAGACGCAGAGAAACCAGAACACUCUUACUCCUUUCGUACUUAGCGGGAACAUUAAGAUAGAAAGAAAGAAAGAAGAGAGAGAACACACACUCUCUCUCUGUUGUGCUCUCUCUCCUCCCACUCGUCACAAAAACAAGUUGGUGGGUGAAAGGGUUGGGAAAAAGAAACUUUCACUUGUUCCUCUCAAGAAACACAAAUUUUUUAGGGUUGGUGGUGGGAGUGAAGUUCCAGUUCCAACACACACACCAACCCAACUUCUCAAUCCGCCAUGGACUCCUAUGAAGCUACAAGAAUUGUGUUCUCGAGGAUCCAAAAUUUGGACCCAGAAAAUGCUUCAAAAAUCAUGGGUCUGCUUCUGAUACAAGACCAUGGCGAGAAGGAAAUGAUAAGGCUAGCUUUUGGACCUGAAGCUUUUCUCCACUCGGUCAUUCUCAAGUCAAGGAAGGAGCUGGGAGUGCCCCUAUCAUCAAACUCUCCUUCCACUCCUUCCACUCCUUCUCCUUCCCCCUUCACAAACCCCAUCGCUAUCUCCAGGCAGAACUCUUGCUCUUCCGCCUCGAGGCUCUCUCUCACUAUCCCCAACCCUUCUUCUUCCUCCGCUUCCUGGGCUGCUAUCUCCGAGCUCAGAACCCAAGAAGAAAUCAGCAGCCUCUAUGGAGGUAGUAAUGGAGGAGUUCCAGCUGAUGUGAUGGAUGAGUUUCAGCUCCAAGAGCAGCUCUCCUUCCUCAACGAUGGCUGUCCACCACCAAUGGUGGGACCCAAGUCGCCUGAUUUUUUCUACCCACAGUCCAACUUGUCUUCCAGUCCUACCACCGCUUCUGAUCCGAACCUUUUCUCCUCCUUGCACGGCUCUGCUAAUUGGGGUGGUGGAGGCGGUGGCGGUGGUGGGCCGCUUGACCGACGAAGUUGCUCAAUCAGCGACGUGUGCUUGGAGGACCCCAACUCAGGGUUUGGGUGGAAACCCUGCCUGUAUUUCGCCAGAGGCUACUGCAAGAACGGAGCCAGCUGCAGGUUCUUGCACGGCGGCGGGCUUGGAGACACCGUCGUCGACGGCGGUGGACAGGUGGUUGUUGGGUCGCCGAGCAAGCUGGAAAUGAUGGACCAUGAAGCGCUUCUCAGAUCUAAAACCGCUCAGCAGCAGAGGCUUGCUGCUGCAUCUCAGCUUAUGGCAGCGUCAGCCAAUUCCUUCCCUUACUCCUCCAAGUGCAUGAACUUCCUUCUUCAGCAGCAACAAACUGAUUCCCAAAGGGCUGCGGCAGCUGCCUUGAUAAUGGGUGAUGAUAUGCACAAGUUCAGCCGAUCCCGCCUCGAAAGAUCCGAUUUUUCGAUGAAUGGCGGUGCGGGGAUUGUGAACCCGGCUUCAAGGCAGAUAUAUUUGACUUUCCCGGCCGAUAGCACUUUCAGAGAGGAAGAUGUCUCAAACUAUUUCAGCAUUUACGGGCCGGUCCAAGACGUGAGAAUCCCAUACCAGCAGAAGAGGAUGUUUGGAUUCGUUACAUUCUUGUACCCGGACACGGUGAAGCUGAUUUUGGCCAAAGGGAACCCUCAUUUUGUUUGUGAUGCUAGAGUGCUUGUCAAGCCUUACAAGGAGAAGGGCAAAGCUCAUGAAAAGAAACAACAGCAACAAGUGGAAAGAGGAGAUUUGUCUCCCUGUGGUACACCUUCUGGGCUGGAUGGUAGAGACCCUUACGAUCUCCAGCUAGGAGCAAAGAUGUUUUACAAUUCUCAAGACAUGCUGUGGAGGAGGAAGCUGGAGGAGCAAGCUGAGUUGCAAGCACUUGAAAUUCAAAGUCGAAGACUGAUGGGCCUGCAGCUACUUGAUGUCAAGAAGCAUCACCACCGCGCACUCUCUGCCAGCAGUCCGAUUCACUCCCCAACCCAGUCUCCCAACAUGUUCAGUCGAAACCUAGUGCUUCCUUCGGUUCAUAACGGCCAAGAAGUUCCCCACGAUAACUGUUCUUCUCCGAUGCCACACAUGACUCCAGCAGUGGAUGCUGAUCAGCUUCUUAAGGAAGCAGCUGCCGCUGUUCUAGGUAAAGAUAUGAUGGCCAACAAUGACGAAAGUGGUAGUGGUAGCCGAAGUAGCAAUGGUAGUGGUAAGGAGAGCCCCCAAGACGAUAUCAGUGAUUUGCUUGAAGGUUUGGAGCACAAUCUUCCUGAUAGUCCUUUUGCGUCUCCAACAAAGGCUGCCGGAGAGUACACAUCCUCUGCCUUUCCCAACGUGACUAGCGAGGCCAAUGGCUCGGAUGCCUCAUUUGCAGUCGCUAACAUUAACUUGGCGACUUCCCUACUUCCAGCAUCUUCAUCCCUGGACAUGGCAUCCUUAAAGUCUUUCAACUGCCAAAUUCCAAGGUUGAACUCCGGUCACGGAGCCAUAGGGAUGUACGCCGGCACAGGAGCUGGGCCAAAAUGCCCGGUAGGAACUUCCUAAUCAAGCUUAAUUAGGAGGAUCAACAUGUUUUAGUUUAACAAAACAAAAACCACCAUAAAAAAUCUGUAGAGAAUCAAAAGAAAUCAAAUCUUCCCCACCACCAUCAUCACCGGCACCACCAGCAGCAGCAGACACCACCAUCAUAUCAUCAUCUCCAAAUACCAACAAUACUACUUACUACCAUACAAAAUGCUUACGUAAAAAGGCAGUGAAAGGAAAGAAUUGGGUCCCAUCCCAUUACAUUUUCUUUCUUUGCUUCUUGUCUGUACUAUUUUGAUCAAUCAACGUCUACUCCCCCAUUUUAUGUAGUAGCUUCAUCAAGUUGGAAGAAAUCGUAGUACCACAGGUUAAAAACAAAAGUAGACACGGUCAAAAAAUAUGUUUGUUUGUUGCAAAUUUUGGCACUGUAAUUUCAAUUUUCACCCUUGGAAGUGAAAACAAUUGCCGAAAAAUCUAGUGUUAGAGUGUUACUGUUAGUUUUGUGUUUUUUCUAGUGUAAUCGAAGUCUUUGUACAGCAGAAGCAGCGGAACCCUGAAGAAGCUAGCUGAGGAAGGAAGUAAAAAGUAAAUUUGUAACUACAUGGCUGAUUCACUGAUUGAAGGGAAAAGCUUGGGAAGAAGGAGAAAUUAGUCAGCUGAGCUCCAGUUAGAUAUUGGGAAGCUUUUUUGUUUUACCAUUAUCGAUCAUGAGUUCCUGCUACUUGUAGUUAUCAAACAGUAAGAAAAGUUUAAUUAGGAACAAAAUCAGAAAGGAAACAAGUCAAGAUUUUACUUUUUACUCUAA